AUGAAUUCCAGCAAUAAUAAAACAUUCGUCCUAGGGGUGGGCAUGACCCAGUUUCUGUCACCACGGGAGGCGAGACACUACCCCGAGCUGGGCUUUGAAGCAGGUGUCAAGGCUAUGCUUGACGCGCAGAUCACGUACGAUGAUGUUCAGACUGGAAUCGCCUGCUACUGCCACGGCGACUCCUGCUACGGUCAGCGCGUCUUCUACCAGUUCGGGAUGACAUCCAUUCCGAUUUUCAAUACGAACAAUGCAUGCGCCACAGGUUCCACGGGACUUUUCCUCGCCCGAACACUGAUUCAACGUGGGGCUGCGGACUGUGUCCUGGUUGUCGGUUUCGAACAGAUGCGCCCCGGUUCAAUCAAGAGUGUCUGGGAUGACCGCCCCCACCCUGUUGGCCCGUUGCAAUCGCUCAUGGAGAAGGAAUUCGGAAAGCACUCCAGUCCACGGAAUGCCCAGUUUUUUGGCAACGCUGGUACCGAGUAUAUGAGAAGGUACGGUGCCCGGAAUGAAGACUUCGCUGAAAUCGCGCGCAUCUCGCAUGAACACUCCACACGCAACCCAUAUGCUCAGUUCCGCACGGAAUAUACCCUAGAGGGGAUUAUGAACUCGACACAGAUUCAUGGUCCAUUGACCAAACUGCAGUGCAGUCCCACAAGUACAGGUGCUGCGGCGGCGGUGCUGGUUUCCGAGAGAUUUCUCGAGGCUAGGCCGCAUUUGAAGUCGCAAGUAGUUUCGAUAGCCGGCCAGGCAAUGCAGACCGACCCUGUCUCCACAUACUCCGGCAGUGCCAUGGAUCUUGUGGGCUUUCAGAUGACGCAAAGGGCCGUCAAGGCCGCACUGAACGAAGCGCGUCUCACACCCCAAGAUGUCAAAGUGUGCGAGCUCCACGACUGCUUUUCCGCCAACGAGAUGGUUCUUCUAGACGCAAUAGGUUUCAGUGGCACCGGAAAGGCGCACGAAAUGGUGCGCCGCGGAGACAUCACCUACGGUGGCAAGGGGCCUGUAAUCAAUCCAUCAGGGGGGUUGAUCUCAAAGGGCCACCCUCUCGGGGCGACUGGGCUGGCGCAGUGCGCGGAGCUGGUAUGGCAGUUACGCGGCUGGGCAAACAAUCGUCUGGUUGACAAAGCUGACAUUGCCCUACAACACAAUCUGGGGCUUGGUGGUGCUGUUGUUGUGACUGUUUAUAAACGAAUGGAUGGAGGAAAGGCUGAACGCUUUUCCGAUGAAGAUGUCAAAAGAAUGUCUCCUCACGCGGGUUACAACCCAGCAGUUGAAGCGAGGUAUAUCACUCCUGAACAGAUCGAUCGGGUCCGCAGCAAGGUGAAUCGUGACGACCAUGUUUUUGCAGACACCGCCGCACGGCUCUCUGCCCGUAUUUGA